AUGGCGUCUCAUCUAUUUGCUCUGUCUUUGCUGCUCGGAUUGCUAGCAGGUGGGCUCUCGGUGUGAUAUUGGUGCAAUUAAUACUUGUCUGGCACGAGCCCCCGUAGAGCAGAGGAAAGAAUGAUUGUGCUCUGUUUCAGUUGUGAUAUGUGGUCCCGGAGGAGAGCAAGGAUGGGGUUAUGAUGAGAGCAACGGACCUGACACGUGGAAGGGCAAGUGUCAGAAUCACUUGAAGCAGGUUGGUUUGAUGGUCUUGGGAACGAUGUUUCGCAUUAGAUAUUAAUAGUGAAUUGGGUGCAAAGAUCCCUCAAGAUUCUUGAGCUCUCAAGUAAUUCUUCAAGAGAAAGUGUUGAAACUAUACAGUUUAAGAUUUAGACGAAUUUAAUUUUUGGCAUUUUUUAUUCAUUUUUGUAGUUACUACUGAGAAAAUGGCCUAUCUGUGCCAUGUUUGACAUCAACAUUAUCAAUAAGGAUGAAAACGCUAAGAACACUAUCUUAAAUUCGAAACAUUAAGUAUGGUUGCAACAACUACGUAACCACUUAGUGUUCUAUGUAUAUCAAAGUGAUCACUGUGCCCGAAGUAGAAAAAUUUUAAUCCGAUCGAGAACACAGUGCCCCAAUUCCAAUUCUGUUACAGUCGCCGAUUGACAUUCGUGCACCGGACGUGGAUUAUGCGCUCCUCCACCGCAUGCACUUUCUGAACUAUGAUUUGGAAGGUGUGAUCGAACUGAGCAACACGGGACGGACAUGUGAGUGCGGGAGCAUAAAGAAAAAGAAGAACAGAACGGACGGGAGAGGACGGGGCAAAAAUGAUUGAUCACUGUCGUUUUUUCAGUGUUUGCCGGUGGAUUUGAGAGCUGGCAACAUAAACAGCCGAUGAUUCAGGGCGGAGGACUAAAGCACAGAUACAAGCUGGCGCAGUUUCAUCUUCAUUGGGGACAAAAUGAUGCUGUGGGAUCGGAACACGCUUUGGGAUCUCUUCAUUAUCCAGCUGAGGUAGAGGAAACCGCUCAUCCUGCAAAGCAAGUUUUUUUCUCAGCUCCACUUGGUGCAUGUUCGCGAAGGUUUGACAAUCAAGGAAGCACUGACUAGACCUGACGGAUUGGCCGUAGUCGGAGUCUUCCUUUCAAAAACGAGCGAUCCAGUCGCCAACAACUUCUCUCCAAUCUCUGAAAAACUGCACGAACUGAGACACUCUGGAAAUAAGACAGAACUUAAAACCUUCCGAACAAAGUAUGUACUGCCACUGGACACGGAGGCGUUCUAUCGCUACGAAGGAAGUCUGACGACCCCGGACUGCAGUGAAGCAGUUGUUUGGACUGUCUUGGCCGAGCCGAUGGCCAUCUCCAGUCAUCAGGUGCGUGCGAAAAGAAAAACAUAUCUAAUUCAUUGUUUUCGUCGCGUAAAUCAUUCCGGUCGGAUGAAAAGUUGUGAAUGACGCUUGAGGAUAUGUUUUCUUACGCGAAGAAUUCAUUCAUUCCUCGGAUGACACUUACGCUACAAUAAUUCUGUACUUUCAGCUUCACCUCCUCCGCCAAUUGCAUAACAAGGAGCUCGUCAAGUCCGACAAGAACUAUCGUCCACUUCAGGCACUCAACGGCCGUCGCAUUCAAUAUCGCCCGAGCAAACUGGACCGCUUGCAGAUCUGCUCUCCGGCCGGAACCCUCUCCGUUCUGUCCACUUUUUUCGUUCUCCUUAUCGCCAAGCUUUUCUAG